AUGGACCGCACCCGAGCAGCCAGAAUGACUACCGGAGGACCUUUGUCCCGACACCCCGGCCUAGCCCUCGCCGCCGUCGCAACGGCCGGCAUCGCAGUCGCGGUCCAGUACCGACGAUCGGUUCUGACACGCAACGAGAAGGCCCAGAAGAACUCACCCGAAAACCCCAACUUCUACGUCAGCGUCGAUCGGAGCGGCGGUGGUAUCUAA